CCGUCUGGCGCUGAUGGUCCAAAGGGAUACCCAGGUCCCGAUGGUUUGGAUGGUAUACAGGGUGAUUCUGGAGAGCCUGGUAUCGGAAUACGUGGUCCACCCGGAGAGCCCGGAGAAAUCGGUCCACCUGGUCCCAAAGGUCCGCGCGGGGCCAAGGGCGUACAGGGUGUUCGAGGACCACCUGGAAACAAGGGAACCGGAAGGCCAGGACCCCCUGGAGACCCCGGAGAAAAAGGUCUGCCCGGUCUUGAUGGAAAGGUUGGAAAACCCGGUCCAAAGGGAGAACAAGGCGUUCCUGGUGAACCCUGCAACGCCUGUAGGCCAGGAGCUCCAGGUCUGAAGGGUCAGAAGGGCGAAUCCGGCAUGCCCGGACAAUCGGGUCCUAGAGGACGUGACGGACCACCAGGAGAACGGGGUGAGCCGGGACCAGACGGAAACCAGGGUCCUGAGGGACCUCGAGGUCUUGAGGGUAUGAUUGGUGAUCCUGGCCCAGCUGGUCAGAAGGGCCCCAAAGGUUUGCGAGGUGAGAAGGGUUACAGAGGACGAUCCGCCGAACUGACCUUUGGGUUGAAGGGUGAAAAAGGUCUAAAAGGUCAGCCCGGCAUGCCUGGUCUACCCGGUGACGCCGGCGACCCCGGAAACUGCACCAUUCUUAUCAAUCGCGCUGAGAAUAUGACAGGUAGGUAG